CACAGGGUUGUUAUGGUGGAUACAACACAGGGUUGUUAUGGUGGAUACAACACAGGGUUGUUAUGGUGGAUACAACACAGAGUUGUUAUGGUGGAUACAACACAGAGUUGUUAUGGUGGAUACAACACAGAGUUGUUAUGGUGGAUACAACACAGGGUUGUUAUGGUGGAUACAACACAGAGUUGUUAUGGUGGAUACAACACAGGGUUGUUAUGGUGGAUACAACACAGGGUUGUUAUGGUGGAUACAACACAGGGUUGUUAUGGUGAAUACAACACAGGGUUGUUAUGGACAGAUACAACACAGGGUUGUUAUGGUGAAUACAACACAGGGUUGUUAUGGUGGAUACAACACAGGGUUGUUAUGGUGGAUACAACACAGGGUUGUUAUGAUGGAUAUGGUGGAUACAACACAGGGUUGUUAUGGUGGAUACAACACAGGGUUGUUAUGGUGGAUACAACACAGGGUUGUUAUGGUGGAUACAACACAGGGUUGUUAUGGUGGAUACAACACAGGGUUGUUAUGGUGGAUACAACACAGGGUUGUUAUGGUGGAUACAACACAGGGUUGUUAUGGUGGAUACAACACAGGGUUGUUAUCGUGGAUACAACACAGGGUUGUUAUGGUGGAUACAACACAGAGUUGUUAUGGUGGAUACAACACAGAGUUGUUAUGGUGGAUACAACACAGAGUUGUUAUGGUGGAUACAACACAGGGUUGUUAUGGUGGAUACAACACAGGGUUGUUAUGGUGGAUACAACACAGGGUUGUUAUGGUGGAUACAACACAGAGUUGUUAUGGUGGAUACAACACAGAGUUGUUAUGGUGGAUACAACACAGGGUUGUUAUGGUGGAUACAACACAGGGUUGUUAUGGUGGAUACAACACAGAGUUGUUAUGGUGGAUACAACACAGGGUUGUUAUGGUGGAUACAACACAGAGUUGUUAUGGUGGAUACAACACAGGGUUGUUAUGGUGGAUACAACACAGGGUUGUUAUGGUGGAUACAACACAGGGUGGUUAUGGGGUUAAUUCCAUUUCAAAUCCAGUUAAUUCAGAAAGUAUUCAGAAAUUUCAAUACCAACUCUCUUCAAUGAGGAAAAUUUGGAAUUG